UUGACCUUUGACAUUGACCUGUCGCAGGUAUGUCACUGCUGCUGGAGUUUGAAAUGACCAGCUCUGCAGUCUCUCUGGUUAUACGUCCAAACCUCCAGCAGGUCCUCAGUGGAGGCAGCUUUCAUCUUAGAUGUGAUGAAGGUCAAAUUAAGAUGAGGACAACAGAGAGACCGAAAGAGGAUGUGAGGAGAUUGUUUAGGAGACCGACGGGUGAGUGUGGAAACCAUUUACACAAUUCCUGCUUCAUCUCAUCUCCUUCGAAGUCUGGACUGUACUGGUGUGAGACCAGUGGUGGACAGAGAAGUGACCAGGUCAACAUCAGUGUGGUUCCACCAGACAUGCCUUUAAUCCUUGAGAUCCCUGCUCUUCCUGUGAUGGCAGGAAGUGAGGUCACAUUGCGCUGUCGGACCAAAAAUGGUUCCACACCUGCGGCGUAUUUCUUCAGGAACGACGUCCAUGUCAGAGUCAAAACAGCAGCCGAGCAGCUGACACUCAGUAAAGUCCAACAGUCUGAUGAAGGUUUCUACUCGUGUUCUACUGACAUGCUGGGGUCGUCUCCCCAGAGCUGGCUCAGGGUCAAAGGCCCCUCCCCCAUAACUGUCAAUACACCUCCCUCUACCCCUCCUACUUCCCCCAUGACCACUCCCGUUUUUCAAUCUACCCAUCCCAGUUCCCCUUCUGCCCCUCCAUCUUCUCCCUCUGCCCCUCCCACUUUCCUGUCUGCCCCUCCUCCUUCUCUCCUUCCUGUGUCUUGGUUCAGACUCUUGUGCCACCUGGUGGUCGUCGGUCUGUUCUGCAUCAGCAGCGUCCUGAUGGUGUUGAGGUGCUGCAGCAAGACGGCUGGAAACAAAUUGAUGGUUGAAGAGAGUAAUGACAUCACUGGUGACGUCAUCACGGAGCACAAUUUUUGACUGUUGCUGAAUUAUAAAAAUAAAAAUAUUUAAUUUCAUGUCAAUUAAAAAAAAUAAAUAAAUACAUGUUGCUACAUAGCUAACAGUUGCUUUGUUAGCAUCACAGACAGUGUGUUUUGAAGUUGUCUUCAUUAAA